UCAGUAAAGAACGUCACAUCACUAUCAUCCAGAAACCACAUUUGUGAGUUUGGCCUGCUUAUUAUCCUCGCAGAAUAAAGGAAUAAAGCUUUUCUGUGUUCUUCCAACCGACGUUGAGUGUUUGAAACGAGUUGGAUUAUUGAGGCGACAACGAUCUAAAUUACAUUUAUCAUCCCGAAAAUGGCGCAGCGAGAAAACCAGGUGAACCGAGACAAACUCUGCUGCUCGAUCUGUUUGGAUCUCCUGAAGGAUCCGGUGACUAUUCCCUGCGGACACAGCUACUGUAUGAACUGUGUUAAAAUCUACUGGGAUGAAGAGGAUCAGAAGGAAACCCACAGCUGUCCUCAGUGCAGACAGACCUUCACACCGAGGNCUGCUCUGGUGAGAAACACCGUGAUAGCAGAUUUAGUGGAGGAAACAAAGAAGACUGGACUCCAAGCUGCUAAAGCUGAUCUCUGUCAUGCUGAACAUGAAGAUGUGAGCUGUGAUUUCUGCACUGAGACAAAGCUGAAAGCUGUCAAGUCCUGUCUGCAGUGUCUGGUCUCUUACUGUGAGCAGCACCUCCAGCCUCACUAUGAAGUAGCAGCAUUAAAGAAACACAAGCUGGUGGACCCCUCCCAGAAGCUCCAGGAGAUCAUGUGCCCUCGCCACAAUGAGGUGUUGAAGAUCUUCUGCCGCACUGAUCAGCAGUGUAUCUGUUAUCUGUGCUCCAUGGAUGAACAUAAAGGCCACGACACAGUUUCAACUGCAGCAGAAAUGAGCGAGAAGCAGAGAGAGCUCAAAGAGAGACAGCAGAACAUCGAGAGGAAAAUUAAAGAGAAAGAGAAAAGCUUGAAGGUCCUGCAGCAGGAGAUCUCUGAGCUGAGGAGGAGAAAAGCUGAGCUGGAGCAGCUCUCUCACACAGAGGACCCCACCCAGUUUCUACACAACUACACCUUGCUGUCACGUCUCAGUGAAGCUCCAGACUCAGCCAGCAUCAAUAUUCAUCCUGAGAGCUACACCGAGGAUGUGGCAGCAGCUGUGUCGGAGACCAGAGAGAAACUGCAGGACAAUGUUGAAUGGACCAUAACUGCUGUUGAAGAAACUCAGGGUGAUGUUUCACUGUUUGAGUCAGAGCCCAAGACCAGAGCUGAAUUCCUAAAAUAUAAAUGUGAAAUCACAUUUAACCCAAACACAGCACACCAGCGCGUUGUGCUUGGGCCUGGCUUAAAAGCAAAAUAUAGUCAUACUCAAACAAUCAGGCGCUAUGAUCACACAGACAGAUUCACUGACUGGCCUCAGGUGUUGAGCAGAGAGAUUUUCACAGGACCUUGUUACUGGGAGGUGGAGUGGAGCGGGGAUGAUGUCUUUAUAGCAUUAGCUGACAGCAGUGUAAGCAGAUCAGGAAAAGAGAGUGCUUUUGGAAACAAUAAAAUUUCAUGGGCAUUGGAGUGUUUCAGUGGCGGUUAUACAUUCAGAGAUUCAGCGUCUCUGAAAGCACUCGAACCAUGA